UUCUUGAAAAUUAGUCGGGAAAAAUGGAAGAUUAUCUUUUUUCUCAUUUUUAUGCAAUUUCAGUUCUCAUAGUUUUUGCAUUUUUCUCCAUUUUCAUAUGGAAAUUAAAAUAUUUCAAACGUUCAAAACCUCUAAACCCCUUACCGCCAGAAAUCGCCGGUGGCUGGCCGGUGAUCGGCCAUCUCCUACAAUUUUUUGGCGCCGACGACAUUCCAUUAUCUCGAAAACUAGCAACUUUAGCUGAGAAAUACGGUCCUGUUUUCACUUUCCGGUUAGGGUUACCUCGUAUAUUGGUCGUUAGCAGUUACGAGGCCGUUAGAGAUUGCUUGAAUACUAACGAUAAAGCGUUCGCCGCCCGGCCGGCGUCUUUAGCCGGCGAGUACAUCGGUUAUAAUAACGCUAUGCUUUUUCUCGCCAGUUAUGGUCCUUAUUGGAGAAAAAUUCGAAAAAUUGUUCUUCAGGAAGUUCUCUCGAGUAGUAGAUUAGAAAAAUUGAAAAUUGUUAGGGUUUCUGAAGUUCAAACGAGUAUUAAAGAGCUUUUCUCUUUAUUUCCAGUCACCGGAGAUCAUUCCUCGAUCACCGGAGAUAAUUUUCCGGUGACCGGAGAUUAUGUGCCGGUGAAACUAAAUCUUACAAAUUGGAUAGAAAAGUUGACAUUGAGCUUGAUAGUGAAAAUGAUAGCUGGGAAAAGCUAUGGAAGGCUUAAUGAGAAAGGAGAAGAUGAAGAAGAAGCUGAAAGAUUUAAGAAAGCUUUAAAAGAUUUUAUGUAUAUUUCAAUGGAGUUUGUGUUAUGGGAUGCAUUUCCUAUUCCUUUGUUCAAAUGGAUUGAUUUUCAAGGGCAUGUUAAGUUCAUGAAAAGGACUUUUAAAGAUAUUGAUUGUGUUUUGCAAAAUUGGUUGGAUGAACAUAUGAAGAAGAGAGAAGAAGUUGAUGUUGUUGCUGGAAAUGAACAGGAUUUUAUUGAUGUGAUGCUUUCUAUGAUGAGCAAUGAAGAUUUUGCUGAUAGUUAUACUAGAGAAACUACCAUUAAAGCUACUGCUCUGAGUAUGGUAUUGGAUGCUUCAGACACAACUGCUAUUCACUUGAAUUGGGUAAUGGCAACAUUAUUAAACCAUAGGGAUGUCAUGAAGAAAGUCCAAGAAGAGCUAGACACAAAAGUUGGCAGAAAUAGAUGGGUAGAAGAGAGUGAUAUCAAGAAUUUGGUAUAUUUCCAAGCUGUUAUUAAAGAGACACUGCGAUUAUAUCCACCAGCACCUUUGUUAGUACCCCAUGAAUCUGUUGAGGACUGCAUUGUACAUGGAUACCACAUUCCCAAGGGAACAAGAUUGUGGGUCAAUACUAUGAAACUGCAACGAGAUCCCGAGAUUUGGUCAGAUCCUGAUACAUUUGAUCCGGAGAGAUUCUUGACUUGUCAAGCAGGGUUUGAUGUUCGCGGUCAACAAUAUGAGUUCAUCCCAUUUGGCUCUGGAAGACGAUCUUGUCCAGGGAUUACAUAUGCAAGUCAAGUGACACACCUUGCAAUAGCUCAUUUACUCCAAGGUUUUGAUUUUACUACACCAUUUAACGAACCGUUGGAGAUGAAAGAAGGGUUAGGGAUGACAAUGCGCAAAGUAAAUCCUAUAGAGGUGCUAAUAACGCCUCGCUUGCCUUCUGUGCUUUAUAAGUUCUAAGAUGAAAGUCAUUGUCUUUUUUGGUUAUAUAUGUACUUCUUUGGAUGUAUAGGUAUGUAUCUUGAGAACAAUUUGAGUGUCAACUUCCAAUUACUAGCAGUAAACAAUAAAUAUAA